GUUUACAACUCGCUCAACUUCAUUUCGAAUAUGUUUCGAAGGAAUUGGUUGGUCGUAAUUUUUGAAGACAUGGUGUUCAACUGCAUAAUUUAUUGACAACUGACAACAGUGUGUGACUCCUUGAAUAUGUUCUUCCUACUUUUGCCAGCAGCAUUAUUCUGGAUAUUUUAAAAUAGCUAAUAUUACUGUUUGUGUUCUACAAUUAUAAUCAAAAGUUAUAACCGUUUCGGGGCGUUACCUGAGCGGCCUUGAUAAUUCUAACAAGUGUGCCUUUAAAAAUUAUCACCUAGCAGUUGGCGAUGUAAGUAUCCGAGACACCUUCCUGAUCUCUGUGAGCAGUGGUCAGCCUCCCGAAGACCACGGGUCGGACAUGACCCAGUUGUCUGGCACCUGCACCCCAACGCAGACGAUCGACCAGAGACAGACCAACAACCGAUCGCCUACAUCCGAGAGCGCCGCCAUCGAGAGCACCCCACUUGUGAAGGACGAUUCUCCCACCAAGACGCCCCUUAAGAAUAACAACAGUAGCAAAGUCAUUUCCGAGAAAGAGGAUUUUGAAAUCAAAGAAAUCAUCGUAAGUCCAGCGGCAACAGAGACAUUCAUUCCCACUGUUAUAGAAGACGCCAUCACGAAAGAUGCCAUGAAAGAUCCAAAGAUUGCUUCCAGCGUUGCGAUUAUUAACAAUAACAACAGUAGCCAUAAUAAUAACAAUUCGAUGGCCUUGGUGCAAACGGCCACUCGACAUCGGGAGAUGGCUGUAGAUGUACCAGAUUCUUUCGUUGGUGUUACUAAAACAGCACCGCGUUAUCCUCCGCCUCGAAAAAAGCCUCCCAGCACACCAGAAACUUGUAGUCUCAAGAAGAAAGGCCAGUAUCGUUUUAGCUCAGACUACUCUGCUGAAAAAUCUAGCAACCACGUUCGAUCUGUGUCAGCUCAAGAUGGUAAUCCAGAUACGUCGUCUGAGAAAAGGACGCCUCCCACGCCAAGAAUAUCUGAGUUAGUCCGAACGUCAAAAUCGAAAGAAGAUUUGAACGGAUCAGCAUUUAAAAACGAAACUGUGUUUAAUUACAGUGAUUCGGAACGCAUGGAAAGAAUACGGAAAUAUCAGGAAGAACUUUCUAAGAGAAAAGAAGAUGAAGAUCGUCUUGCACGUGAAGAGGAAUUCUUGAGGUCAUCUCUUCGAAGUUCACAAAAACUUAGAGCGUUGGAGAAGAGGGGUGGUAUGGAAAACUCGGGUUUUCAGUUGGAAGAAGGAGAUGCUGGAGCUGCUAGAAAUCAUGCAGUUGAUGGUCGAUUGGUAAGCGAAAAUCCUGAUGGCGAACCAACAGAGCUUACCAGAAUUUAUAAACCAUCUGAACUACUGGACAUGCUUCAAAAUGUAGAAACUCUCUUAUCAAAAACGGGUUUUGAUGAAAGCCUUCUGGAUUUAGAGAAAUUAUUACAUAAUCAGGAGUUUCAAUCCCUGUUAACCUUGCAUAAUAAAAUUCAAGAUUUGUGUUGUUUCAAGUGCCUGCCUUCUCCUGUUUGUACAGAUGCUCAGGUUAUAUCAUUAGAAGUUGUGAGAGCAUUACAGGAUGUUCCAUCCAAAGAUGCAAAAGAACUCUUACAUAUCCUUGGGAAACCUCAAUUUGAAAAUUUUAUGUUUUGCCAUGAUAAAGUUGCUGCAAGUCAAAUCACACCUGAAAUAUCAGAAGAGGAGGAAUUGCUGUCAAGGGUUUCACAGUAUACAGAAGAAAGCAUAAAAAUUGUCCGCAUAGAUAAAACAACUGAGCCACUGGGUGCUACUGUUAAGAAUGAUGGAGAAGCUGUUGUUGUAGGUCGUAUUGUCAAAGGUGGAGUUGCAGAAAAAAGUGGUUUACUUCAUGAAGGUGAUGAGAUUCUUGAAGUAAAUGGCUUGGAAUUGAGAGGAAAAUCUGUAAAUGAUGUUUGUGAUAUUAUGGUAUGUGUUAUUGGUUUAUAUAUGUAUAUAUAUAUAUAUAUAAUUUAUAAUUUAAUUUGCAGCAGCCCUUUUAUUUCCUCAUUCUGUGUCGGUUGCAUAAUUGUUCUGGAAUCUGUGCUGUUGUGCUGUGCCACUUACAUCGUUUCAUCUGCAGUGGUCCUAGUAUUUCCAAAGCCUGAAUCUGUAAUGUCUGUUAUGGAGAACAUAGGUCAGUCUGUAAAAUUACCCUCUCUAGAAUCUUAUGGAGAACAUAGAUGUAAGGCUGCUACUCAGCAACUUGUUUUGAAUAUGGAGGUAAAUAGUGUUUCUGUUGCUUUUAUUCAAGAACCUUACUCUUAUCAUGGUCUUAUGCCUGGCUUUCCGAGUUCCUUUAGGUUAUAUUAUGAUUUUAACUCAGAGGUCAUAAAGGCUGCUAUUAUUGUUCGAGCCGGAUUUCUACCUACUUUUUUGAAUUUGAGAUUCUUGGAUUAUAAUAUGGCUAAGGAUCUUGCAAAGCUUAUUUGGGGUAUGGAUUCCAAUAGUAAGUCUGAACUGUGGUUUAGUCCCUACAGUGAUGCUCGAGGAAACAAGCUUGGAGAUUUUGUCAGCUCCUAUAACUUAUAUGUGAUCAAUGAGGACUGUGGCCCUACCUUUUGUUCGGAACAGGGAUCAAGCUAUAUAGAUGUCACAAUUAUGGGAGCUGAUUUGCUAGCAAAUGUUACCCGCUGGUGUCUCUCGGACUGUGAAUCAUUGUCAGAUCAUGCAAUGAUUGAAUUCGACUUAUCUGUUUCUGCUGCUUCUUUAAUUGCU